AUGACGGACAGACUUGAGAGUGGGCAGAGCAGCCCCAACACAUCCGACGACCUCAACGACGCCAACAAGACCGGCAACGCCCACAUCGAACAGAUCCACACCAACGAACGGGUGCCCGGCCACACGAACUACUACGAGAAAGAUGGACUCCGAACGUACGGCGACAAUGCCGACCACGAGCACGAGCCCAAGAUGUCCUUUGCUCGGAUGAUGUCCUUGGUGGCGAUGGCCUUUCUCUGGACCGGCAGCCAGAUCCCCGUCUACCUCUUCGGCGGUGUCCCGCCGUACAUCUAUCGAGACAUUGGCGGUACCGAUCGAUGGAUUUGGUUCGUGCUCGCCAACCUCCUCUCCCUCGCGGCCGUGUGUCCCUUCGUAGGCAGCAUCUCCGACCUGAUCGGCCGCCGCUACGUCGCCAUCGCCGGCGCGGCCUUCGUCUGCCUCGGCAUGAUCAUCUGCAGCACGGCCCACGAAAUGAACAUCUUCAUCGGCGGCAUGGUGUUCGCGGGCAUCGGCGCCGGCAUCAACGAACUCACCGCCUUGGCCGUUACGAGCGAGCUGGCUCCGACGGCCAAGAGGGGCAAGUACGUCGCCAUCUUGAUAUUCACCAUCUUGCCGUUCGCGCCUUCCGUCUUGUGGGGGCAGUUGAUCGCCUACUAUUCCACGUGGAGAUGGAUCGGAUGCCUGUGCGGGAUCUGGAACGCCAUCGGGCUGGUGAUGACUGCUGUGUUUUACUUCCCACCGCCGCGAGUCAACAGCACGGGCAUGUCGACGAAGGAGAUCCUGGGUCAGAUUGACUAUGUCGGCGGCAUCUUGAGUGUUUGCGGCAUGAUUCUGUUCAUGGCGGGCAUGCAAUGGGGUGGUUACCAGUACAGUUGGGGCAGCGCGCAUGUCCUGGCUCCCCUGAUCUUGGGCGCGGCCAUGCUGGUUGCUUUCGUUCUCUGGGAGGCCUACGGUGCGAAGCACCCAAUGUUCCCCCGACGUCUCCAGCAAGACCCUCGCGUCCUCGGCCUCACUCUCAUCAUCACCUUCAUCAGCGGAGCCAACUUCUUCUCCAUCAUCAUGUUCUGGCCCACCCAAGCCUUCAACGUCUACGGCCACGACCCCAUCGGCGUCGGCGUGCGCGGCAUUCCCGUCGGCUUCUCCAUCCUCGCCGGCGCCUGCAUCGUUCUCUGGCUCCUCUCCGUCUUCCGCGGGCACAACAAGGAACUCAUGAUCGUGUCCUCGGUGAUGAUGACGGCCGGUUGCGGCGCGCUGGCCUGCGCCGAGCGCACGAAUCUCUACCAGCUCUGGGGUCUGCUCAUCCUCGCCGGUCUGGGGAUCGGGGGGAUCGUGGUGCCGGCUUCUAUUAUCACAACCAUCAUCUGCCCCGACGACCUAAUCGCCACCAUCGCCGCCCUCACCCUCGCCAUCCGCGUCAUCGGCGGCUCCAUCGGCUACUGCGUCUACUACAACGUCUUCAUCUCCAAAUUCGUCCCCAAAGCCACCGAAAUGAUCGGCGGCCUCCUGGUCACCCAAUACAACAUCACCGACCCCUCGAUAAUCGAAGAAGUCAUCGUCCUGACCGGCGCCUCGCUCAUCGACGAAAUCGCCGCCGUCCCUGGGAUCCAGGGCACACCCGGCGCGUGGGAGGCGGUGGUGUAUGCCGGGCAGCUGGCGUACGCGGCGAGUUACAAGUAUGUGUAUUUGGUGAGCAUUGCGUUUGGGGGCGUGAGUAUUGUUGCCGCGUGCUUUUUGGGGGAUAUUAGUAAGUAUAUGGAUGAUCAUAUUGCUGUUGUGAUGUGA